CCCGCCCCUCCCCACACUUCCAGGCGAUGAUGCGCGUCCGUUAGGCUCAUCUGGACCCCCGAACACCUUUCACCGACCACCCUCGAUCCCUGUUUGGCCAGCUGAGCGCCGCUGCUGUCGUUUCCUGCGUGCCUGUCCGUCUCUGCUUCCACGUCAGUCACUUAACCCCGCCGCACCUUGAGCCGCUCGCCUCAGCGACUCAUUGCGCCUCGCCCGCUCGCCGAGCCCCGAACCCACACCAGCUGGAACACACCACCCACCUACCGACCUACACGUACCUGCUCGCUCGGCCUAUGCCCUUGGCCGCACUCCCGACCUAAGCCCCGAGAAUGGUUUCCGACGAAGUCUACGAGCUUUGUCUGCCCGUCCUCCAGGACGACUCGCUGGAGGACGAGGACAAGACGGAGAAGCUCGAGGAGCUCGUCCGCAAAGAGACCUCCCUUGACGGCAAAGCGCUUGAAGACGCCGUUCUCGACAGCCUAUGGCGCUUUCGCGGCGCGACCAACACGUCCGCCUCUCCUCCUCCCGUCCGCCAUACCAUCAUACGUCGCUCGUCGCCAGCUCCUUGGCAAGUCGCACGAACGCCGACUCCGUCCAACUCCUCGCCAAGGAUCCCCCCACCGCCGGGCUUUGGAGUCGCGCCCCCUGGCUUUUCUCGGGCAAAGUCCUCCACGGCGUCGCCCUUUACCUCGCCCCGACCGUCCCCCCGACUCGCCUACGCGACCCCGCAUAUUCCUCACAGCCCAAACCUGAACGCUUACGAGUUCAGCGACUCAAGCCCCACUCCUGAAAUCUAUGGCGACUAUGGCAGCGACACGGUAGACUGGCUGGUGAACGACGAUGUGGCGAGCGUCACCUCAUCCUCCGUCCAGGGGGAUGGUGGACUGAACGGGGCAGCUGCCGAAUGGGUCCAGCCGUACACCAUGGACAUGGACCCCUACGACAUGCUGCGAUCAAUCCUACGCGACGACCGUUCGAACGAAGAUAUCGAAAAGGCCUUGGAGUCAAACGGCUACGACUUUACCGCCACCGUUCAGGCGCUGAUGGAUUCGCAAGGCAUGACUUUGUCCCACUCAACACCGACCAGUGAGCCAGAGAGGACCGUCUUGGUCGGUAAAUCCAUGAGCCCUGCUUUUAGGCCUGCGACACCUGCCGGCCAAGCCAAAACCCAUAUUCUUUGCAAGUAUUGGCUUGCGACUGGGCAAUGCGCGAGGGCAGACUGUAGGUUUAGUCACGAUCCGAGCAAGACUGUCUGCAAGUACUGGUUGUCUGGGACCUGCCUUGCAGGAGACACUUGUCUGUUCUCACAUGAUCCGACCAACCUCAUGGCCAAGAUGAUGCUUGAGGGAAACUCUACCCCGCCCACCCAUAGCCCUCAGCCAAACUUCCAAGUUCAAGACUAUGAGGCGUUCCCGUCGCUCCAGUCUACCGGGUCCCACCAGUUCGCGAACCAAUUCCAAAGCACGCUAGAGCCUACGGCUUUGGAACAAUUCUAUGGCUCCGGUGGAGUCGUAGCACCUCCUCCUGGCCUCAGCCCUUUCCCCACUUUUACUCCAAGUGGAAGCCGUAGCCAUUCACGCCCUUCCAGCAGCCGCCAGGCCUCGCAUUCUCGUGCGUCUACACCGUCUGCGCCAUCGGCUGACGAUCCUGAAGCAUUCCCAAGUCUGGCUUCAGCUGCUGCUGCAAAAAGCGGAAAGAAACAUCACGGCAAGCGCGGUGGCCAUGGACACGGCAAUAAAGAGAAUGGUACCCCCAGCACCCUUGCGGAUGUCGUGAGAAUGUCUCCUUCACCAGGGCCUGCCCAAUUGCGUAAAGGCCUGCGGCCGGCGAGGAGCUUCAAUGGAAGCCGUGAAAAUAGCGCGGCUGCUCAGUCUAUCCCUGCUCCCGAGCAUAUUCCGUGGCUUGAGAGUGGCGAUGCUGUAAACAAGUCUUACCUUAAGGCCAGGCAGGAAGCCUUUAAGCAUGGUGGUUUGAGGAAUAAAUUUCUACAGAGCGCUGCUCAAGCAUGGAACCGCAACGAUUCCCGGGCUGCCAAAGCUCUUAGUCUGCGCGGCCAGAGCGAAAACAACCUCAUGCGUGCCGCUCAUCGGGAGGCAGCAGAGCACCUUUAUAACGAGCGCAAUAAGGACAACGGCCCGAACGCCAAAGAGCUCUAUGUUGAUUUGCAUGGCCUUCACCCGGAAGAGUCUGUCACUUACCUUAGCAAGAUCCUGCUCGCGCACCAAAGCUCAUCUCGACCGGUAUAUGCCAUCACGGGCACCGGCCAUCACAGCAAAAAUGGCAAAGAUAAGGUCGGCAAAGCCGUGCGCGGCUUCCUGAACGAAUGGCGCUACGUGUUCCGGGAAUUCAGCGUGCCCGGAGACCGCGGCAACGUCGGCGGCAUCCUGGGCAUCGACCCUUCGUCCUGGGACCGGAGUUUGGAGGGGCGAGAGCGGGACAGAGACAGCGGCGUUGGCAGCGAAGCGGAUGGCUUGGGAGAGAAGCCGGGCGAGAGUACAAAGGUCAGGGUUGUCACUGCAGCUCAGGCGGGAUCUCAGGGCGUGCCCACGGGGCCGAGGGUUAGGUGACAGAGCGGGCGGGAAACGAAAUGAAUAAAUCUCAAAUCAUAUACUCUUCUACGUUUGCAAAGUACGAUAGGUUUUGCGUAGGAAUAUAGCAAGUUACCUAGAGCUAAGGUAUUUUUGGAC